UAUCAUUAAGACAAAUUAGUGCAAUCUACGCACUCAAUUAUAAUUAUAUCGUCUCUAUACAAUAUUAUUAUUACAUUCUGUUGUCAAAUUCGUUCUUCAUUGACAUAUAAUAGUUUCGUUUAAAAGUCGCGUAUUAGUCACAAAGCAGCACCCUCAGCAGUAACACGACGACUUCGCCACAUCUAUCGACCAAACAGUUCAGCAAGCGCAUAUUUAAAGAGAAUAGAAGUCACCACUGACGGAUAAUGAUGACCGGCUGCCAUCUACGUAAUCUGCAUCGAAAUUAAUUAAAAUAUUUUGAUAAUAAUAAACUGUCGUCGUCGUCGUCGUCGUCGUCGCCGUUAUAUAUUUUACUCAUAUUCGCCUUAAGUCGAAAAUAAAUCUCUUCAGUUUGUCGACACCACUGACAUCGGACGGACGGCCUGCCUGUACGCUAGCACGCUGAAUAAAUUGACCAGACACCGGAACGACUGAACGAGAAAAGCAGCAGCAGCGACCGUGACAAUUGCGGCGAGCAAAGAAAAAUCGCAGCGUUUCCGCUGCGGCACGGUCAGCAGUAGCACAUACCAAAAUCACCACCACCGGCACCUGCAACCCCAGCUGGUAAAGUUUUCGCAGUAUGAAACACACGGUGAAUUCAAAUGGCCGCGGUGCAGACGGCAACAAUGGCAACGAUGGAGACGGCAACGUCGGAACACAGGGGUGGCGUCGUGGCAAGGGUGGAAAAAAGCAGCUGCCGUACGACCCAUUUCAAAUGCGUGACGACUCCAACUCGACCACUGCUACCGGCGCUUUGUUACAUCUGAUAAAGAGUAGUCUCGGUUCCGGCGUCCUCGCCAUGCCAAACGCGUUCAAAAACGGGGGUCUCAUUUUUGGCCUGUUUGGCACAGCUGCCAUUGGGGCGCUGUGUGCGCACUGCAUCUAUCUUCUGGUGGUGUGCUCGCAAUCACUGGCCCGUCGCACACGUCGCCCGGCCCUCGGUUUCGCCGACACCGCGUACGCAGCAUUUAAGACAGGCCCGCACCGGUUUCGCGCCUGGGCCGCAUUCGCCAGAGGAUUUGUCAACGCUGCACUAUUUUGCACGUACUAUUUCGGCAACUGUGUGUACGUCAUACUCGUCUCGGCGUCGUUCAAACAGGUCGCAGACAACCACAUGUCUGAAGAGUGGCACUUCUCCAUCCGUACCUGGAUCUUGGGUCUAGCCUUGCCGAUUCUUCCUCUCGGCAUCAUUCGUUCACUCCGAGUGCUGGUCCCCUUCUCGGCCGUGGCCACGACAUUCAUACUGGUCGGUUUGGGUUGCUCCAUGGUGUGGGUGGUGAUCGGUGUCAGUCCGUUUUCCAGCAAAGAAGCUGUGCUAGCAGCCGUACCACUGCCCGAUAUGGCGUCUCGCCCCUGGGUAGGCACCAUCGCACACAUGCCGCUGUUCUUCGCCACCGUUGUCUUUGCCAUGGAGGGUAUCGGCACCGUUCUACCGAUUGAGAACUCCAUGCGCCAUCCAGAACAUUUCCUCCGGGCUCGUCCAUGCGGAGUGUUGAAUGCCGCCAUGACGCUGGUCGUGUUUUUGUACUCGAUGGCCGGCUUCCUUGGAUACUUGCGUUUCGGCAAUUCCACUGAAGGUUCCAUCACGCUCAAUCUUCCCAAUGAUUUAUUUGCUGAGACGGUUAAGAUCAUGGUCACGCUAUCGAUACUCUUUUCAUACGGUUUGCAGUUUUGUGUCCCCAGUGAGAUCGUUUGGGCACGCUUGAGGCCCUGGCUACGGAAACGCAAAUGGGAUGCCAAGUAUUCACUUCCUACGACAGACAAAGAUACUUCCACUGUAGCUGUGAGCACCAUUGCCGGUAGCAUAGUGACCAUGACCACGGUCACUUCAACAAUGAAUCAUACCACGAACGACGAGAAGAAACAGACUGAAGUAGAUGAACUGGAUGAGCAAGAAAAGUUUGUGGAGUGGGAGUACUACGUCAUGCGGGCUCUAAUGAUCCUGGGAACUUUUGGUAUUGCCGCCAUCGUACCCAACCUUGCUCCCAUCAUCUCUUUAUUUGGAGCAGUGUUCUUCUCCAUCCUGGGACUUAUGUGUCCGGCUGUAAUACAUCUGGUUGCAUUUUGGGAAUAUAACAAUGAAAAUGAAAAUGGUGAAAAUUACGAGGACUCUGAUUCAGAAAACGAUUUAAGAUUUGACGGUGUCGAUAACUAUGCGAUGUUUGACGACAUGAGUAUAGAAUGUGGCGAUAAUACACAACGACAACAGCAAAGGAGAAUGAUGAAUGAUGAAUCUAGUACCAAAAAUAAGGGUAUGAGCCGAUUUACGGCCACCAAAGACGUGGCCAUCGCUUUACUCGCUAUAUUUGCCAUGGUCUCUGGGGCGUAUGCGUCUUUGGUAGACAUAUUUCAAUCUUAUGGAUUCAGUAAAGAGCACACUAUAAAUUCUACCAUUGAAAUUAUAACGACUACUAUAGGGCCGGGGCCAGAGUCAGCGUUCCUGUUGAUAAAAUAAAUACAUUUAUUGAUAGGUAUGCUUUAACACCACCGCUGAAUCGACCCAUGCUUUAAAUACACUAUCCAAACACCUGGUGAGAUGUUGUAAAGUCACCUCUACGCCACUUGUUAUAUUAUGUAAACUAUAUGAGUGUUACCAUAAUUAUUGAUUUCACUUUCAUAGUUUCCCUAUGUGUUUAAUUUAUUUUGGACAUAAAUAUAAUAUCAUAGUUUUCUUUCCUAACGGUCUAUUGUCAUAAAAUAAUAAUUAUAGUAGGUAGGUGUUAUUAUUGACUGAUGCUAUCUGUCUUAGACCUAUUUAUGUUUGUUUUAAUUGAAAGUUUGUUAUUUUCUUCUUUUAUUUGAUCAACUGUCAAGUGUGCUUUUAUACAUGAGCGUUGACAAUAAAAAAAUGUACUGCAUAAUUUAAAAUAUCCUAGUACCUAUUUAUUAUUGUCAUUUUUAUUUCUAAAUUAUUAUAUUAUACUACUAUUUUACA